AUGGCAACAGCUGAAAUGGAGAAAACGACGACGUUUGAUGAAGCUGAGAAGGUGAAAUUGAAUGCUAAUGAGGCAGAUGAUGAAGUUGAAGAAGGUGAAAUUGUUGAAGAAACUGAUGAUACGACGUCGUAUUUGAGCAAAGAAAUAGCAACAAAGCAUCCAUUAGAGCAUUCAUGGACUUUCUGGUUUGAUAAUCCAGUGGCGAAAUCGAAACAAGCUGCUUGGGGUAGCUCGCUUCGCAACGUCUACACUUUCUCCACUGUUGAAGAUUUUUGGGGUGCUUACAAUAAUAUCCACCACCCAAGCAAGUUAGUUGUGGGAGCAGACUUACAUUGUUUCAAGCAUAAAAUUGAGCCAAAGUGGGAAGAUCCUGUAUGUGCCAAUGGAGGGACAUGGAAAAUGAGUUUUUCAAAGGGUAAAUCUGAUACCAGCUGGCUAUAUACGCUGCUUGCAAUGAUUGGACAUCAAUUCGAUCAUGAAGAUGAAAUUUGUGGAGCAGUAGUUAGUGUCAGAGGUAAGGGAGAAAAAAUAUCUUUGUGGACCAAGAAUGCUGCAAAUGAAACGGCUCAGGUUAGCAUUGGUAAGCAAUGGAAGCAGUUUCUGGAUUACAGCGACAGUGUUGGCUUCAUAUUUCACGACGAUGCAAAGAGGCUCGACAGAAAUGCAAAGAAUCGUUACACAGUAUAA